AUGUUCACGCAGCUUUUGCUGGAUGCGAGUUCUACCAGCAACGAUCCGUAUGGUGCCUUCUUACAUACCCCUUCUUCCAGUCGUGGCAGCGACAGGGGAAGUAGUAGCAUGAGAGAUGGCAGCAAGAGAAGCAGUAGCACGGAAGGCCAGAAUAUCGCCCCACAACAGCAUAUACAGACGCAUCAACAACUCGCUGAAUCACAGCAAUCGUCGACAGCCUCCGGAUCUCAGUCGUCUAUGGGCGCAACAACAGUUGGCACCUAUUUGGCAGAGAAUUUACAUGAGAUUAUCGCAUUACAAACCUAUGAGGGCAGCUGGAUGAUGACCAACCGCAUCUUCGAGCUGCUGGAGUGUGAUAGGAAGGAAACCACCCAUAGAGUUGCCAACUUGUUCGCGAUAUCCUAUGGAAUGGUCCCUGAAGACUUUCCUUGUGGCGAUGAAGCUACUGUUGUCACUACCUUGCUGGUGAUGGGAUACUUGGAAAGGAAACAGCUAUAUUCGAGAAGUUUUUGGGAGCUUGCUCACAUCAAUGCUACUCAGUGGGUGGCAGCCAAGCUAGUGGUUAUGAAAUCUCGUGGUGAAUUCCAAUUCAGAGGCAAGGUCCUCGAGUCUAUCCAGGGACAAAUUACUGAUCUUACGGAUGCGGGACACUUGUCAAAUUGGAAAUUUUAG